AUGGGGCUGCUGGUUGCAUGUACGGGAGAGGUACAGCUUGGGAACGCUUCCUGCGAGAUCCAUAAAGAGGUCUUUAAGCAGAUCUUAAAGAUCGGGAUAAUAGAGUCCCAGCCCCAGCUCAGCCCCUACCAGGGGAGGCCACAUAUGCUGGCCUGGUUUUAUGGACCGUAUCCAAAAGGAGUCCUAGACAGAGUGUACAAUGUUCACUACACUAUGAGCAUUAAUGGAAAAGUACAAGAUGGAUCAAUGGAAAUAGAUGCUGGAAACAACUUAGAGACAUUCAAAACUGGAAGUGGGAGUGAAGAAGCUGUUGAAGUUCAUGAUUUUCAGAUAGGCAUAACUGGGAUCCGCUUUGCUGAAGGAGAAAAGUGUUACAUAAAAGCCCAGCCAAAAGCACACGUCCCCGAAGUUGAUGCUAUGACUAAAGCGAGCCUCUCAUCCGACCUGGAAGAUGAAAUCAUGCCUGUGAGAUUUGAUGAAAACUCCCUUAUCUGGGUGGCUGCAGACGAGCCUAUCAAGCAUAACAGUUUCCUAAGCCCUAAAAUUUUAGAGCUUUGUGGGGAUCUUCCAAUUUUCUGGCUGCGACCAACAUAUCCCAAAG